ACAACCCACCUUUUGCGUUACGCAGCAACUCGUGUAACGGCAGCGGACAGCGGACGUUGGCGCACUCAUCCGCUAAUCGACAUCUCCCGAACCGCCGCCCCCCCCCUCCUCCUGCGGUGUGCAAAAUAACCCCGCUUUCGGAGAGCGGCGGCGCGUGCCCCUGGUCUCGCGCGCGCUGUGGGCGACGGUAGCGGGUCAAAUGUUUCCACGCCGACGAUGGAGGGACACGUAAUGAACAGGAGCAUCACCCCCACGGAGACGACGUCCUCCUCCUCCUCUUCCUCCGCCUGACUGCUCGGUCGCUUCCUCGCUGAUUCCAAUUCAGAAGAUCAUCUCCCCAACGUUAUUUUUUUUUAAAUUGUAUUAUUAUUUUGACUAUUCCCGAGGUUUCACCAUCCAGACGACGUUAUCCCACAAAGCCAGCUGUGAGGCGGUGAAGAUGACCACGGCGCGGUACCGUCCCACCUGGGAGCUGGCCGUGGACCCCCUGGUCUCAUGUAAGCUGUGCCUUGGAGAGUUCCCAUUGGAGCAGAUGACCACAAUCACACAUUGCCAAUGUGUCUUCUGUACACUGUGCCUGAAGCAGUAUGUGGAACUCCUGAUUAAAGAAGGCCUUGAAACCGCGAUCAGCUGUCCUGACUCUGCCUGUCCCAAAAGAGGACACUUGCAGGAAAAUGAGAUUGAGUCCAUGGUGGCCACGGAGGUCAUGCAGAAAUACAAGAAGCUUCAGUUUGAAAGGGAGGUGCUGCUGGACCCGUGCCGGACGUGGUGCCCUUCCUCGACCUGCCAGGCCGUGUGCCAACUAAAGGAGGUGGAUUCUCCUGCGCUGCCCCAGCUGGUCCAGUGCGCCGUAUGUGCCCUCGAGUUCUGCUCGGCCUGCAAAUCCAACUGGCACCCCGGACAGGCCUGCCAGGAGAACAACCUGCCCAUCGCCUCCUUCCUGCCAGGAGAAAACAGCUCCUUCUAUAAGAACGAGGAGGAUGAAGCGCCCAUCAAGCGCUGUCCUAAAUGUAAAGUCUACAUCGAGAGGGACGAGGGCUGCGCACAGAUGAUGUGCAAGAACUGCAAACACGCCUUCUGCUGGUACUGUCUGGAGUCCCUGGAUGACGACUUCCUCCUGAUCCACUAUGACAAAGGGCCCUGUCGGAACAAACUGGGCCACUCCAGGGCGUCUGUUAUCUGGCACAGAACACAGGUUGUGGGGAUCUUUGCCGGCUUCGGCCUGCUCUUGCUGGUGGCCUCCCCCUUCCUCCUUCUGGCCACGCCCAUCGUCCUCUGCUGCAAGUGCAAGUGCAGCAAAGGGGACGACGACCCAUUGCCGACCUAAGGUCGCCAUCAAAGCUGCAACGAAGAGCCGCUUCAUAGAUGGGCCAUGUUUCGUUAUCCUUUUCACACCUUUUCACGUUCUUCUUCUGCCACCAGCUUUGAGUGCUUUAUUUUAUUUUUUAUUCUUCAAGGGGGUGGGGAGGGCUGAUCCCGCAACAACCCCCUGGCCUCCCGCCCCGCUGUGCCCCUGCUUCGGCAUCCGUCGCUCUGCAUGAGAGAGAGGCAUGGUAGAAAAGCAAUGCUGCACCUGCACCCGAGCAGAGGGGCUGGGUCACAGGAGGUCGGACUUGCGCGAGGGCCCGGCCGCGUCGCUUGGGGCCGCUUGGGGGACGCGGAGGCAGUCCGGGCCUGCUCCGAGGGGUCCGUGGUUGCGGGUGACCGUGGUUACCACAAAAAGGAAAAGCGCCAAGAGUCCUAGAUAAGAAAGGCUCUUCUUCCUGUAUGGACAAUAUAAUGCAGGAGCCGCUUCAGAAAGAACAUUUUACUCUAUCGCUCCGUUUUGUCCGUUUUAGUUUGUUCGUCGUAGGCAACAGAAGCUUCUUUUCCCUCGCCACCGCACUAUGUAGCUCUACAGAGUCAGCCCGUAGCAACAGAGUCACACCGCGAAUGUCGGGGUGUUCACUCGACUUGCACACAAGUGAGGUGGAGACGGGAGGCUUGUUGUCUCACAGCUCAAUGUAUAGCACGUCCUCUUGAUGAUGUCAAUGUUUUCUAAUCUGUUGCUUUCACUAGAACUGUGCUCAGAGUAGUGUCCGUGUUGUGUUUUGAGUGUAAGGUACACUUAUUAAGAAGGGGAUUGCCACUCAAACCUAAAAAACCCUAAUAAUCGGUGGAUAUGAAGACUAGUUUUUCCAUUUCUCCAAAUUCACUUUCUUUGUCACACCUUUUUCUCUUCAAAGACAGGAGAGAAUCGUUGUUUAGAGAAUCAUUGUUUACGAAAGAAGUCCAGAGAUUUUCCAAAUUGAGUGGUGCUCCCCCUUAGAUUCAACAUGAAUUUAUAGUCUAAAGGUAUCUUUGUCUCCACAUGUUGUGGAAACAUUUUAAUACAGCAAAAGAUGUCACUUCUGUAAGUCUCACUCCCCCAAGUGGUGGAUUAACCAAAUGGAUAUGAAAAGCCUUAUAUUGAGAAUAGCCAACAUCAGGCAAUUCCCCCUGUGCAUUAAGAAGAGGUCAAGUAAAAUAAUCCCAGGGAAAGCAUGUUGUCAGUAAAUCCCUUUAUAUUCAGAUGAUUCUAUGAUGUCAUCUAUGUGCUAAACUGUUAAUCACCAAACUUUAAGAAAAACAAAUGCCCUAAACUGGUGUUUCAUGUGACCUCCGGCCUGUACUUCCAAGCCUUUUUGAGCAGGAGAGCUGCUUCUUCACAAAUAAUCUGAAACCUAACUCAUGCCAUAUCUCCUUUUCUUAGAGGCUUGACAAAUACCCGCCCAAAUGGCAAACUUGCAUAUGUUAGAUAUAGUGUCUGUUAUGUUUUCUUCUGUUGGUAGUCAGACCUAAUAACCAGCAGCUAUUGUCUGUAAGUGGCAUGAGAAAAGUCUAAAGUCACUGAUGGAGUUGCUCUAUUUAAUAUCACUUUAUCUAUGCAAGUUUGUGCAUUUGCAUUCUGAGAAGGCUAUUGAUUGGUCAUGAUUAACUGUAUACCUAAAGAAGAAGAAUAAGAAGUAUCCAGUGUAAGCUGCAGAAUGUCACCACAUAUCGUUGCUUUUAUUUAAUCAUGGAGUUAUUCAGAAACUAUCCAUUUGAUUUCCUCAUGUUUUUUUGCUACAUCUAAAGUCUGUGAGCUUUAGAACUGGCGCGGAGUGAGUACAUUUGUUGUUCAUUGAUAGCUUCACAGAAAGAGGGAACUGUUUUACCUUUGUUCAGUCAUAUCAUUUUUUGUUAACAUGCAUAGCCUUUUGAAUAAACAAUGUGUUACUACUUACUUCUAGUGUAAAAGAGUUUCUGUAGCAAUUGCCUCACAAGUGUGGCCGCCAAAUGUUCAUGGUAGCUAAUCUAAAAUAAACCUGGAUAAUCUGCAACUCCCUCUAGUCCGCAAAACUGUACCCUAAUCCUAAUUAUCAGGAGCCUUUUUGACAUUUUGGCGAUCCUACCAAUAGACCGCUGACCCCAUUUAGUUUUUCAUUACGGUCAUUUGAUAUCAACGGCAGCCCAAUAUUUCUAUUUCCAAUAUUUGAAUUUUGGUGCUUUGUUCCAAAAAAAUAAAUAAAAUAAAAAGCUAACUUCUUCAAGAUAAUUUUCAUGACAAUAGUGCCAAGCAGAUUUUCUGGAAGGAAUAAGGAAAAAAAGCUGCCCCACUGUAUGUGCUUUUUGACCAUGUAUUUGUAAUGUAGUACCAGUUUUUACAGGGUGGAAAAACUAUUUCAAUGCUUCUUUGUGUAAACGCUGCAAAGUCUUUGGGUUUCAUUGUUUGGCCUGUUGAUAUGUCCCGUGAUUCGUGUGGUACGGUGCCUCCUUUGUGUAACUGAGGAGUUUUAGCAGCUGGACUCAAUGUCUCCCCAAUGGAAACGUCACAAAUGAAAGUUUGCUACUGCACUGUUUCAAAGAGCUUCACUAGUUAAUCUCACCAGGGCUCUGAUACCACCACAACAUUCAUUCAAACACAAAACCAUCAACAAGCUCCUGAGCAGGCGCAAAUGAUGUGGAGUCUAAAUAACGUCUUGGCCACUUCCGUUCAUUUUCUUUUUUUUUUCCUUUUCCUUUUCCUGUGAUUGCUGGCAACACUGAACAGGUGGAUACUUCAUUAUGCAACAAACAUAAAAAGGGCCUAACAGCAAACAUUAGGAUCACUGCAGUGUGUCGCCGCAUAUUGUCUGGUACCCUGGAUGCUUGGCGGGGCUCACUGUGGAUACCUAACAAUUUAACCACUUCUCAUGAAACGUCAGCCGCGGUGUUUGAAGGCGACAGUUGGACCGACUCAAAGGUUCGCUUCUAUGAGAAGAAGCAAGUCCCCCAAAUCUACUUUGCAACGAACCUUAACAUCAAGCGUCGGGUUGUGUUUUAAAAUUUGUUCUGUCGAGAUGAAGCUGCAUGAUUUUACUCUGACAUACAUGUUAAUUACAAUAUUGUAGCCUUUAAAGUUUUGGAAUUGGUCAGCUGUCUGGGUUCAAAAAACAUAUUUUGUGGUUUAGCAAUUUUAUAAGAGGGGACAAACUCUAUUCAUCGCGUUGGCUUAUUGUCUUUUUUUUUUAACACACCUGUUUUAUAUCAUACUUUUUGGUAUUUAAAUUUUCAUUUUUUAAGAGCGGAUUUCUUCACGCCUCAUUUGUCAGCUAAUGUGCUCGUUACACCAGAUGUAUGUGUGUCUCAAGUUUGGGUAUUAGUUGAACGUUAAUUGGCGAUACACGGAUUUCAACAUUGUAAAAUGGCAUCAUUUGGAACAGUUCUGUACAGUUCUGACGUCUCACUAUAUCCACAGUUCUACUAACACUGUGACACCAGGUAUUAAAAUGGUUGUAGUUUUUUGUCA